GGAGAGGGAGAGCGCAGACAAAGAAAGGCUCCCCACGAAAGCAACACGCCCCCUUCCCAAUCUCGUAAUCAUACUACUGCUGCCACUGUUACCCCUAAUGCUCCCAGCUUAGCUGCUUCGUCUCGUCGUCUCGCAGUCGUAGUCGGCAGCAGUAGGCGGAGAGAGUCGCAGAGAGGCAAGCGGAGGCUGCGUCGCAGCAACUCGCGCCUCGAUCCCACGAACCCCCACCCGGAAGGAGAAUCAUCUUUGUUUCUGGAGAAAAGGGAAAUCUUUAUUCUGAGGGGCUCAUUGGUUCAUCUCCUCCUUUGCCUUGCUGAUUGCCUCUGUUGGAGCUGCAGAGGGAGAGGGGAGGACGAAUCAGGAAGGUGUUUGCAGUGGGUACAGCGGCAGUUAUUGUUCCAUCUUAUCUGCUGCAGCAAGUGGAAGCCAAGGGUUUACCAAGGGCUAGGAGAGUAUGGGAAGAAGCGGCUAUCAAGUCUGAGGCUUAGCUUGGCACAUCAGUUUGGCGGCAUGUACAAGAACCAGCUCCAGGAGCUUGCUCAGAGGAGCUGCUUCAAUCUACCGUCCUAUGCGUGCAUCCGGGAGGGACCAGAUCAUGCACCCCGGUUUAAGGCCACAGUUAAUUUCAAUGGAGAGACAUUUGAGAGCCCAGUGUUUUGUUCUACUUUGCGGCAGGCAGAGCAUGCGGCGGCUGAGGUAGCGCUCAAUGAGUUAUCAAAAAGGGGGCCUUCAUCAACACUGGCCGCCAAAGUUCUGGAUGAAACCGGGAUAUACAAGAAUCUACUUCAGGAGACUGCUCAUCGAGCUGGCUUAAAACUUCCAGUGUACACUACUGUUAGAUCGGGGCCAGGUCACACACCUGUGUUCACAUGCACAGUGGAGUUGGCAGGAAAGACAUUUACUGGCAAUCCUGGCAAGACCAAGAAGCAAGCUCAAAAAAAUGCUGCAAUGGCUGCCUGGUCUGAACUAAAGCAACUGCCCCGGGUAGGUGAGCCGUCGUCCUCAUCAUGUCCAUCUGAUCAGGAUGAUGAGGAGCACGAACAGGCCAUAGUUACUCGUACUCUUGCAAGCUUGAACCUGGCAAAUGGCGGCAAGACGCUACAUCAAAAGGAAAAACAGCAAAGCAAUAACCGUCCAUCAUCACGAAGAUCUUAUGCUAAACCAAACCCGUCGUCAUACCGAUCACAUUUACCAAACCAGGCUUAUCCUAGUGUUCCACCGGAGCAAGCAAUGUACCAUAUGUGGCACCAGGUGCAAGCAACACAACCAGCACCUCGUUUUCCAAUGGUACCAUCUCUGGGUAAUACGAGGUUCCCACCAGCAGCAGCUUUGCUCUCCAUGUACACCUCACCUCGGGGGCAAUUUGCCACAACUGCCUGCCAAGAUGGAGUAGGUCUUCUUCCAUGUUUUCCUGAAGCUGCUCCUGGCCUCCCAAGGUACUUCUCGCCUUACCCUGUCACCUUUGUGCCAAGAAGUCCUUUGCCAGCUACUGUUCCCAAAAUUCAUGAGAGAAGGCAAGAUCAUGCUGAAACAGUUGAGUUUCCUGAUGCCGCUGUCUUCUCCCAAUAUGGUGAUCAGCACAAGUUUCAAGGGAAAGAAGACUGUACUGGGACUAGUGCUUCCCCUUGUCCUCGCAGUGGCUCAAGCUCCACCGCACAUCCAUCUUUACAGAAGCGGGAUCCGAAUGAAGAAAAAGAAACUUUGGGCAGUAAGCAUGCAGAGCCAAAUAAGUCCCAAGGACAACAGCCAAAGUCGUCACCAUCUUGGGUUAACCCUUCUAUUCCAGCCCAUGGUUCUAUCCAGCGAAAGCAUUAUACUAGCUCUGUUCAGCAUGAUGAUCCUCCUCAAACGAGUCGGUCUUCGUUACCAGAAUUGUGGUCUUCCCGCUCACCAGCUGCGCCCAGAUCUGGAGCAGCAGUUCCUGUAAACUCACCAGUUUCGGGAUACCAGCAGCGACACCCUUGGCUGGCUGCCUCUGUUACAGUCAGAACUGCAGUUCCAGUGUGUUCAGCUAGGCCGAAUGCGGUGAAUACACCUGGUGAAGCAGCUCGAGUACGACCCAUUGCCCAGAACUGCUUGGACCCAGAAACUCCCAGGAAUACGAAUAAUGGAGAAAGAGCCCCGAACAGCGAGCUCUGAACUCAGUAAGCUCCAUGUCUGAGCCACAGUUUUGGUUCUGCUGAGCUUUAGUUAGGUCUGCCACUUGGCAGCAUCUCAGUUUUUGUUCCUCCUUUUUCCCUUCUCAUUUUUUCCCCUGUGUUUUAGUUAGAUUCUGAAUUCUUGUAAGAAUUGUGUGGUAGGAGUCGGUCUCCGCACCGCUUUUAGAUUCUACGGAUAAACUUCCUCCUUGUCAAGAUAAGUGAACGAGUUAUAAUAUAGAUAGUGCGUACAGUUUUUUCCUCG